GAACAGUUCACUUACAGACUUCAAAGCUACAAAAAAAAAAAAAAAAAAUUUAAGGACGGAGUGUAAGAGAGAAGCUCAGGAUAAUCCACUCCAAAAAAAUAAAAUUAAAAUUAAAAUGGCACUCCUCUCUUCUUCUCCUUCCCUCUCAAUAACUUCUCCAAAUUACCGUUACUACCCUUCCCGUCGACUUUGCCUCUACCCAAUCUCAGCCACACGCGUAGUCACUCCACACCACAUCGACAAGUCGUCUCUUACAAUCUCCGAAACGUCGUCGGAGGACCAACUGUGGGCCGCCGCGUGUCUCCGUGUACGUUCCUUCCACGAAUUCAAGCCUUCCACUUUCGGUAUCCAAGAUCAUAAAAGAUACCUAGCAGAGCGUGAAUUCGAAGCUUUAAAAGAACGAAUUGCUGGUAAAAGAACCGGUUUUAAUAGAGUUUCGUGUUUAAACGCGUCGCUUCCGUUGUCACAGUUGUUGAGCUUGCCUGAUGAUGAUUUAUGCGCGCAAUGUAAGUUUAGUGAGAAUGGAGAAGAUAGAGUGGUGGUGGGGACACUUGAUGUAAAUCAAAGUAUGAGUCUUCCUGAUGAAAUUACUGGAAUGAAACCUGAGUGGUUUUCCAUGUUGCUUCAACAGGGUAUUGAAGGUCAAUUUGCUAGGGGAUACUUGAGCAAUGUAUGUGUUGCCAAUGAACUUCAUAGGAAUGGAUUGGGUUAUGAUCUUGUUGCAAAGUCUAAAGCAGUUGCUCAGAAAUGGGGCAUAACCGAUCUCUAUGUCCAUGUUGCUGUCAACAAUGAACCAGCAAAACAGUUAUACAUGAAAAGUGGUUUCGUCUAUGAAAAUGACGAGCCUGCAUGGCAAGCCAGGUUCCUUGAUCGGCCACGGAGGCUUCUAUUAUGGCUUGGUCUCCCAGGUAACCAAAACUGGUGAUGGGGUUGAUGAUGUGCCCUACUUGUUUAAUCUUCAUAUCACUUGAUGAAAUUGUUUUCCGUGGUGUCAGUCAAUGUUAAUAGCAUUUAAACACACCUUUUUUCUCCUUCUUUUCACUUUAAAUUUUAAUUUGUAAAGCAUUUGGUAACAAGGUGGUCAGAGGAACUGGUAUCAGUGUGACAACGAAAAAUUAUGAUUAUAUUAUUGAGAAGGUGUUUGAGCUCAAUGACAUUUGUUUUCCAUGACAUUAAUAUAUUGAUUAUAUGAGAUUAUUUUUCUCUUCA